AUGGACAAAGGAAAGGGACUCUCGUCGACAAGCCGGAAUGAUGAAGAGCAGCCCCUUUCCAACGAGAUGGCAAACGGAGAGGUCGACCAUCACGGAGAAAAGCAUGUCGAAGUUCGCAACAGUCUGUUGAAAUUAUCACAAGACUUUGAAAACGCGGCGAACCAGGUCGAAGAAGUUGUUCGAACAGAUCGCUACAAGCACGCUUUAGUCAAAGAUAAACUGAGCUUUAUCUAUGCCACUGCUGCUGGAGUUCUGCACGAUGAGCUGAACUCGUUGCGCGAUUACUUGCCUCACGAAUACUGGCCGGAAAAUUACUUUCCGCCCGGCUAUUCAGAUGCACAUAAAGAUUUACGCCUCGCUCUCGCCGACUACGAAGCGAUCAUGCCCAUACACAUCGAUUACGAGAAGCGGAUAAAAGAUCUUGAGAAGGUCGACAAGACUAUGCCAAAUACAAUGUACCCUCCCCAGCUCUUGGACCUGCUCCUGCUUUCGCUCGUCGCCAUCACGAUGCUCGUUGCACCAGCAGCAGGCAUGAAUGCAGCCAUCGAACUGGCCAUGGAGGCAGGAGAAGGCUCAGGAUCUCACGCUCCCCACAAAAUCGUGACGGGGACAAGUACCGGACGUGCAGGUGUGUCAUCACUUUAUCCACAGCUCGUUAAGCUCAGUGGAGAGGAAUUGCAAAGCAUGAUCGAGGGCCAGGAACGUCAUCUUAAAAGGUUGACCAAGCUCGAGGAACAGUACGAUGAUGCGAUAAGGACGGGCGACCCGGACGCUUACGAUUGCGCUCUGAAGAAGCUCCAUGCUCUCAAAAUAAAGGAGGGCAGUGGCAGCGCGCUGAUGGUGAAAGAGGAAUUGGCCAUGCUGCAAAAGGUGAGACAAGACAGGCAAGAGGUAUGGGAACAACGCCAAGCCAAGAAGCGCGCAAAAGCGGCGAAGAACCAAAUGGAGAUUCUGAAAACCAUCUUGGAGGAGAGUGAAGAUGGCGACGAAAUGGCUGAGAGCAUGACAGCUCAAGCACGGACAACGUGGAAAGCAAGACGGAGAUCUCGAAAGGGGGCGAGGAAGAGAGCCGAAAACGAGCUGAAACAGAGCGAGUACCGUGCCGGGCGUAGGCGGCGGUGA